AAUGUAUGAUAUGUUGAAAUAAGAGAAGGUGCUAAUGGCGUUUGAUGUGUUCUCUUUCCCUUUGUUCUCUUCCUUGAAACCCAAACAGGAUUUCCUUUCCACCCACUCUGAAGAAGGUGAUGGAGAAGACAGUCAGAAUUCCAGGGGAUGGGGCACUUUUGUUUAAUUAGGAAUAGAAACUGAAAUAUGGAAUAUGCUUCACUGAAUGUGCACACAUAGUUCACAUCAGCGGACUUAAAUGGGCAAGAAAAGAUUCCAAUGCAGGGAGUGUGGGAAGAACUUCAGCCAGAGUAGAAACCUCAGUAGACAUCACCAGACUCACACCGGGGAGAAACCAUAUGAAUGUAUGGAGUGCGGAAAGAGCUUCAGUCAGAAUGGAGACCUUAGAUCACAUCAACGGAUUCACACAGGGGAAAAACCAUUUAAAUGUAAGGAAUGCGGAAAGAGCUUCAAUCGGAGUGGAAGCCUCAAUAUACACCAACGGACUCACACGGGUGAAAAACCUUUUAGAUGUAUGGAGUGUGGAAAGAGCUUUAGUGAAAGUGGAAGCUUUAGACAUCAUCAACGGACUCACACCGGGGAGAAACCAUAUGAAUGUAUGGAGUGCGGAAAGAGCUUCAGUCUGAAUGGAGACCUUAGAUCACAUCAACGGAUUCACACAGGGGAAAAACCAUUUAAAUGUAUGGAAUGCGGAAAGAGCUUCACUUUCAGUGCAUCCCUUAGAACCCAUCAACGGACUCACACAGGGGAAAAACCAUUUAAAUGCAUGGAGUGUGGAAAAAGCUUCAAUCGGAGUGGAAGCCUCAAUAUACACCAACGGACUCACACGGGUGAAAAACCUUUUAGAUGUAUGGAGUGUGGAAAGAGCUUUAAUGGAAGUGGAAGCUUUAGACGUCAUCAACUGACUCACACCAGGGAGAAACCAUAUGAAUGUAUGGAGUGCGGAAAGAGCUUCAGUCAGAAUGGAGACCUUAGAUCACAUCAACGGAUUCACACAGGGGAGAAUGAAUGCAAGGAGUGUGGAAAGAGCUUCAGACACAAUAGUCACCUGAAAUUACACCAACGGACUCACACGGGUGAAAAACCUUUUAGAUGUAUGGAGUGUGGAAAGAGCUUCAGUCAGAGUGGACACCUCAAUAUACAUCAAUUGACUCACACAGGGGAGAAACCACAUGAAUGCAUGGAGUGUGGAAAGAGCUUCAGUCAGAGUGUACACCUCAAUAUACAUCAACUGACUCACAUAGGAGAGAAACCAUAUAAAUGCAUGGAGUGUGGAAAGAGCUUCAGCCAGAGUGCAGACCUCAAUAGACAUCACCAGACUCACACCGGGGAGAAACCAUGUAAGUGCCUGGAGUGUGGAAAGAGAUUUAGAGAUAGUGGAAGCCUUAGAAUACAUCAACGGACUCACACAGGGGAGAAACCAUAUGAAUGUAUGGAGUGCGGAAAGAGCUUCAGGCACAGUGGAACCCUCAGACAACAUAAAUGGACUCACACAGGGGAUAAACCAUAUAAAUGUAUGGAGUGCGGAAAGAGCUUCAGUUUCAAUCAGAAGCUUAGAAUACACCAACGGGCUCACACAGGGGAGAAGCCAUAUGAAUGUAUGGAGUGCGGAAAGAGCUUCAGGCACAGUGGAACCCUCAGACAACAUAAAUGGACUCACACAGGGGAGAAACCAUAUAAAUGUAUGGAGUGCGGAAAGAGCUUCAGUUUCAAUCAGAAGCUUAGAAUACACCAACGGGCUCACACAGGGGAGAAGCCAUAUAAAUGUACAGAUUGUGGAAAGAGCUUCAGUUUCAAUGCAACCCUUAGAAGACACCAACGGACUCACACUGGAGAGAAACCAUAUAAAUGUAUGGAAUGUGGAAAGAGCUUCAGUCAGAGUGGACACCUCAAUAUACAUCAACUGACUCACACAGGGGAGAAACAAUUUAAAUGCAUGGAGUGCGGAAAAAGCUUCAGUCGAAGUGAAAAUCUUAGAAAACAUCAGCUGACACAUAGUGAAUAAACCACUUAAAUGUAUGGCAUGUGGAAGGAACUUCAGUCAGAGUGGAACCCUUGAUUUACAUCAGCAAACUCACACAAGAAAGAAACCAUAUAAAUGUCUGGUAAUUAGAUUGAGGCUCGGCCCUAGUGGAAGUCCUACAUCAACAGACUCAUGGCCAGGAAGAACUUUAAGAGUUGACACCCUACAUGCCAUCAAUAUCUCAAAGAGGAGAAGCAUUUUAAAAUGAAAGAUUGCAGAAAGUGCUCUAGGUAUAAUGUAAUGUUUAAGAAACAUCAAGGGACCUUCAAAGGGGAGAACCCAUUUAUAUGUCUGGAGUGCAGGAUGUGUUCCUCUCAGAUUCCACUCUUCUUCAUAGCAAUGAACUCAGAGGAAAUCCAUCUUCCUGCUUCAGGACCAGCUCAGUCUGUUUCUCCUGUCAUUUUCUCAUAGCUAGGUAAUUCCUGUCUAAUCUGCUCUGUGUCUGUGUCUCUCCCUGCUUCUGAGACCCCUGGAAAUGAAGGGGAUGAAUUUCCCCCCUCUGGCUCUUCUUCUACGGAAAGCUGAUCUGCCUGAGAAUGGAUUCCCUCGUUAAGGUUGGGGACCUUAACGGAGUCCUUUCAUUAGAACUGGACAGGACAGAAAGGGAAAGGAAAUCUAGAAAAGGGAGACUGCCACAUACAUUUUUUCAAAUCGUCAACAGCAUAAACCUAAAGAAUACAUGGAAACACAAAAAUCCACUGGAGAAACAGUUCACACACUUUUCAAAACCCAAACAAUCGUCAGGGAGAGGUUAUGUAAUCUGGAUCUCAAAUAAUUUAAUAAAUAAAAUUAUAAAAUUACAAAAACAGAGAUUCACCCAAAGACAAUAACAGAUCAUAAUCCAGUUAUAUUAGAAUUAGAAAAUAAACAAAAGGGUAAUAAAAGAUGGCGAUUAAAUGAGAAUUUAUUAAAUGAAAAUUUGGUGAUUAAAGCACAGGGAUUGUUGAAAGAAUUGGAAUCAAUAAAUCACAAGACACUGAUAUGAGAAUAAUUUGGGAUGCCAGUAAGGCAUUUGUUGCAAAGAAAAAGAGAGCUUAUGAGAGGAACUUAGGGCAGUUAAGAGAAUAAAUAGCAAGCAAUGAAAAAUACUAGUGAAGGAACCAAAAAAAAGGUAGAACAAAAAAAUCAAGUUAUUACAAACACAAUUCUUGCUGUUGCGAAUCAUUGAAAUCCAAAAUAACAUAAGAUGGAUGAAACAGAGAUCCUUUGAAUUUGCGAAUAAGCACAGGAAAAUGCUGGCAUGGCAACUGAAGAAGAGACAGAAAGAGGAUUAAUAGAUAACAUCAAAGACAGCGAGAAAAGAAUAGACAAACCAGAAGAAACAAACAAGUGUUUUAUCAACCACUUCAAAAGUUUAUAUAAGAUAGGCAAGGAAACAGAAGACGAGAUAAAAAAAUUGUCUGCAGGCGAAAGACUUACCCAGAAAGGGGGAGGGGGGAUAGUAAAUCUAAAUGCCUUGUUUUCUCCC